AUCAAAAAACGGAUCUCCUUCAGCAAGGAAGCUGCGGAGUCACUUCUCUUCUCAGGAGAGAUUCUUUGUAACCUGACUGUCUGUAGCUGAAGGCAGUCAAUCAACUGCCCGCAAGAUGCUGCGCUACUGGGGUGAGAUCCCGGUCUCAACCACGCAGGGCAGCCGCAGUUCCUUUGACUUGCUUCAGCGGGAAUUUCGGACUGUGGAGGUCCAGGAUCCCCCAUUGCACCAGCCUUCAGCCAACAAGCCCCGGCCCACGACCAUGCUGGACAUUCCCUCGGAGCCCUGUAGCCUCACCAUCCACACCAUCCAGCUAAUCCAGCACAACAGGCGGCUGCGGAGCCUCAUUGCCAUGGCUCAGACUCAGAACCAGCAGCAAGUGGAGGGCAUCAAGAUGGAAGAAAGCGAGCCGUUGCCCACUUGCCCUGGCUCCCCACCUCUCCCUGAUGACCUGCUUCCAUUGGACAGCAAAAUAGCCAAAAUGCCAUUUCAGUUAAGGCACAGUGAUCCAGAAAGUGACUUUUACAGAGGCAAAGGAGAGCCGGUAACAGAGCUGAAUUGGACUUCUUGCCGCCAGCUUCUCUACCAGUCCAUAGCCACCAUUUUGGCUCACGCAGGGUUUGAGUGCGCCAACGAGAGUGUCCUAGAGACUCUUACGGACAUUGCACAUGAGUACUGCCUGAAGUUCACCAAGCUUCUGCGUUUUGCUGUGGACCGAGAAGCCCGGCUCGGACAGACCCCUUUCCCAGAUGUCAUGGAACAAGUUUUCCACGAAGUGGGCAUUGGCAGCGUGCUGUCUCUGCAGAAGUUCUGGCAACAUCGGAUUAAAGAUUAUCACAGCUAUAUGCUACAGGUCAGUAAGCAACUUUCUGAAGAGUAUGAAAAGCUUGUCAACCCUGAAAAGGCAGCAGAAGACACAAAGCCUGUGAAGAUCAAGGAGGAGCCAGUCAGUGACAUCACAUUUCCCAUGAGUGAGGAACUGGAAGGGGAUCUAGCGUCGGGGGACCAGUCUUUGCCUGUGGGAGUGCUUGGCGCUCAGAGUGAGCGUUUUUCAGCCAACCUGGAAGCAGAAGCAUCUCCACAGACGUCAGGUGGCGAGGUGAAUACUUCCCCUCUCUGGAACUUGGCGCCAGUGAAAAUGGAGCAACAAGAAAGUGAGGAGGGCAACGUUCAUGGGCACCAUGGAGUCCUGGGCAGUGAUGUCUUUGAGGAACCCAUGUCAGGCAUGAGUGAAGCUGGCAUGCCACAGAGCCCAAAUGGCUCUGAAAGCAGUUAUGUUUCUAAUUCUCCCAGUAGCCUGAUGGGAUCUUCACCGGUCUUCAACCAACGCAGCAAGAAGAAGAUGAAGAAGAUGUGAGUUUUGACCUGUGGCUGACAGUGUGAACUGAUUCAACAAAGAACCUGGAGCUCAUAGGACUCUGAUCAAGAGGAUGAGAGUUGGUGGAGAUGCCAUUUUGGAUUUUUCAUGCGUUGCUUUGUCUUCACUGUACCUCACCCUCCUUGCCUGACACAGCGGGUAUCACUGGGUUGUUCGGCAAAAGGAGAAUUUUGGUUGGCUGUUGCUGAGAAAAGGGUAGCUUCUCUCUCAUAAAGCCAACGGUGGCUGUAAAAUAAUGUUUGCUUCAUUCCACUGGGAUUCCAAAAGGAAAUGUAUGACUCAGCUGAGUUUCCAGCUAGUUAGACAUUUAUUUCUCUCUGUCAUUUAAAGCAACUUGCAUAAGCUUUAGGGUAAGUUGAAGAAUGACACUAACAGUUCUAUUGUUCUGCAACAAAUGGUUGAUAGAAUCUGUAAGUUAAAUCAGUGAAAUUUGCUUUAAUACUGAAAAUUUAGAAGGGACAUGAGUCCAGUAUGAAUCUGUGUUGGAAACUAUAAUCUGCAAUAAAACUGAAAUCAAA